ACUUUGUUGUUAUAAAGAAGUUUAAUAAAGUCUUAAAGAAACUUGAUUCAAGAUGCCAAGAACAGGACCUAAAGAUGAAACAUCAAAUAUCAAAUAUAGAAGCGCUGCUGCAGUCUGCUGAUAAAAAAAUUGAUGAAAAUAAAGAAAACUUAGAUUCACAACUACAUGACUUCAUUAAGAAGAAUAAUUUAUCAAGACUAAUUAGUUUACAAUGUUUGAAAAAGUUGAACCAAGUAAUACCAGUAAUAGAUGAAAAGAAAAAGGAAACUUCCAGAAAGUUACAUUUAUUGAUGAAUGAAAUGAAUUCAGUACAGAGACAAGUAACAGAUUUGGAAAAUCAUUGUCUAUUUCCUGUGGGAUUUACUGCAUACAUAAAAGAUGCGAUAACUCCAAAGAUGCACACACUGUUAAAUGGUUUUGACAACAUUAAGUACAAUUUAAGUGGAUCCUUUGACCCAUCAACUGGAAUAUUCACCGCCCCGACAGAUGGCAUGUAUGUAGUUUCACUCACGAUUGGACAGGCAGGUGAAGGAGCGAUUGGUGCCAGAAUAGAUCAGGUGCUCAAAUACCCAGGUGUGUUGUCUGGUGAUGAGAAACCUAUUAUGAUUGGUGAAGUUUGGACCACAGUGGACAACACAAGCAGCUGUAUGGUGUGUGUUGUACAUAUGAGAACUGGUGACACUGUGUGUAUCACAACUGUUCAUGUAUCUGGUGCCGCAAAAUGUAAUGCAUUGUCUUGCUUUUCUUGUUUCUUGGUUUGAUAAUUUAAAAUGUUUUACUAAAAAUAAUUUACAGUUGUGAAAAUAAUAUUAACAAAGACCGAAAAUAUAUGCUAAAAUUUCAAAUAUAUUUAAUUUUUUAUUUAUUAGUCAUUAUUUUAAGAUAAUAAUGAACCUUUAAGAAUCGAACUGUUUUUAAAAAUUAUAUUCUUAGCUUGGUCAUUUUUUUGCUUUUAAUAAAAAACAGCUUCAUUUGAACAUUGACUUUUUAUAAACAUUUAUUUAAACAGACAUGUGUCAGUUACUUUUCACAUAGGCUUUUCACAGAAAAAUAAAUAAUCUGGUUCUUAACAUUCCAAAGACAAUCAUCAUCAUCAUAAUUUUUCCCUGCAGUGCCCAGGACACUUGGUGCCACCCCCAGAAACCUCUUUCAACUUUUGUUUCUCUAGCAACUUUCUUCCAGUCAAUGUCAGUUGUUUUUCUACCGUGUACCUCCAUGUCUCCCUUCUUCUUCCUGUUCUUGUUUUCUUUUGCGGUGUCCAGAGACACUGCUCAUGUGUAAUUAUCUCAGUAGUUCCCUAAUUAAUUUCUGUUUGAAUUUUUAAAAUUAUCAUGUCUGUUGGUGAUUGUCUUCUAAUUUGAUUUGAAAUCUUUGAAAAGUAUCCCUAUCCAGAAAAAGAUGUAAUUUGUAUAGUAUUUUGAAAUAAGGAAUGUGCAAGCUUUUUAAUAUAUAUUUGAACAGAGUUAAAAUGAUUUUUUUCAGCCUCCAGUAUUCUGGCUAUAAAUGUGCUAAAAAUUUUUUUAUGGUAAUUAUAUAUGCAUAGAAUACUUAUUAUAAAUAAUAUUUGCAUUAUAUUUGCAAACAACACUUAGUUAUAAUAAAUAUCUUAUUUGAAUGAAACACUUUGUUAUAAUAAUAUGUGCAUAAUUUUGCAUAGAAUGCUUCGUUAUAAUAAUACCAUUAAAUUUGCAUUAACACUUACUUAAAAUAAUAUUUGCAUUAUAUGCAUAGAACAUUUAUUAUACCAAUGUCAGACAUGCAGAGCGUCAAUAUUUGUGUAUUAGACAUUCUAUUAAAACACUGAAUAGACCUAGAUCUGAUAUUUUUAGAUAUUUUUAUUUUAAUUCUACACGGUGGUUGCCAGAUUGCACUUGACUAAAAUUAUAACUGCAGUCAAAGGUCACCCCACUUUUGUAGGUUCUGCCAGGCUCAACUCAUGAAAAACAUUUUUUGUAGUGUUGUCGUUAUCCUGUUCCUGAGCACUUAGUGGCGAUUGUCUAACUUUAGAUAAUAUUGUACGCUGGGCUCUGACCACAGUUGCUUUGGCGCUUUGGCCAUAGGGGGUUUGACCAUAGCAUGGAGUAGGGGUGGGGAGGGUUAACCACAUGUUGUUCUUAAAAUAGUAAUAAUAAACUGUUAUUUUAUUUUUAAUUUAUGAUACAGUGAAUACAAUUUUAUACAAGUUUCCUUUGUUGCUAUUAAUAAAAAUU